CCCUGGGAGCCCGCACCCCUGUCUCUGGCGCCAGGGCGUUGUCGGGGGUCCCAAGAGGGCGGGGUGGGGAAGGUGAAGGGAGCGCGGCUGGAAAAACGGGGAUUAGGGUGGCGGAACAGGCACUUGUCAGGAGUGAAGAGACAGCGGAGAGGGUACUGGGCUGAAUUCUUUCGUGCCGAGCAGGUCCCUCCGGUUCCCAACUCACCCAGGUGGAGCAGGCGCGGGCCGAACCCGGGAGGAGAGUGUCGGGGAUCCGCGAAGGAGCCUCCUGGGGAUGGGGCGGGGGAUGGACAAAGCGCUGCCCCCGGCUGGACGCGCUCUGGCUGCAGCCCGGCUGGCGUCCGGAGCUGGGAACAGCAGCACGCGGGGUGCCCGGGUCAGGGCUCAACCCUAGCGGGUCUCUGGCGAGGCCAGGGGCGCAGCCCGCGGGGCGCCACUGAGGCCGUCCGGCUGCCGCGCGGUCCAGCGCUGACCCGAGCCCGGGAGGCAGCUGCGCUCUAAGGUUUGCGCUCCUGUUUGCGAGGUGUCUUCAUAUAACAAAUGCGAGCAAUAACAAACAUCCAUAGAACUCGAAUUCCAGAAACGGGAAUUCUUUUUUCCAAGUUCACAGACCUUUAGUUAAUCUUUUAAAGGAACUGAGGCGUUGUGUUGGACCAAAGCCAAAACGAUUUUACCUUAGACCGUGGAAAAUAGCCUAAGGCUCUUUCAGCAGAAUUUUGCAGUCUGAAUGCAAUUUUAGAUUUCAGAUUUCUCAAGGGAAGAGAAACUCUGCUGUUAGAAUUUGGAAGGGGGGGUGGUGCAUGCCUGUGUGUUUGUCAGCUGAGCAGAGCUGUAUUUAUCUUUCCAAUUCAAAUUGUGCCAGAUUCUGGCUUUAAGAACAAACCAUGGGAAUAUUUGAGAACAUGGAAUCAUGCUGCUGUUCCACGAUCACAGCAAAACAGACAAUAGUUGAUAUUGUAUCAUUGCAGGAGGAAAAAGAAUUACAUAUAUUUUAUUCUUUUGUGUGAUUGUCAUCCUUUGUGAAAAGAAUGAUGUGUAUUUUCAUAAAGCAAGAAAUUAUUCAAAGAAACCUUAUUUAAAUGUACAAGUCAGACUUUUAAUAUCCUUUGAAUUCCCUGCAGUUCCUCCUAUUAUUCUUAAGAAGUAUCUAUUUUCUUAAAAUACUUAAAAUCUAUUCAGAAGGUUUCAUUUGUCUAGGUGUCAGAUAUAGAAGAGUUUAUAAGAAAAUUCCAGUAAACCUUUAAGAAGAUAUUUUUUUAUAAGUUGCCAUAGUUUAAUAAAGAACUUUUAUUUUUCACACUUUUUACACAGAGAUUAAAAUUCCGUGUUUCAGCCUGGAAAUUCUGAUGGUGGGAGAUACAACUAAUACAAAAGAAAAUGAGUAAAUAUAGUAAUUAGGUCUGCUCAUUGUGUUUUUCAGGAAAAAGGAAGGGAAAGGGUGUUACAAGGAAAGGCUAUCAGUAACAACUGACCUGCCACAAAGUUAGAAGAAAAGGAUUGAUUCAAGAAAGACUGUAAUAUGGAUUUAGAGCUCGACGAGUAUUUUAACAAGACACUUGCCACAGAGAAUAAUACUGCUGCCACUCGGAAUUCUGAUUUCCCAGUCUGGGAUGACUAUAAAAGCAGUGUAGAUGACUUACAGUAUUUUCUGAUUGGGCUCUAUACAUUUGUAAGUCUUCUUGGCUUUAUGGGGAAUCUACUUAUUUUAAUGGCUCUCAUGAAAAAGCGUAAUCAGAAGACUACGGUAAACUUCCUCAUAGGCAAUCUGGCCUUUUCUGAUAUCUUGGUUGUGCUGUUUUGCUCACCUUUCACACUGACGUCUGUCUUGCUGGAUCAGUGGAUGUUUGGCAAAGUCAUGUGCCAUAUUAUGCCUUUUCUUCAAUGUGUGUCAGUUUUGGUUUCAACUUUAAUUUUAAUAUCAAUUGCCAUUGUCAGGUAUCAUAUGAUAAAACAUCCCAUAUCUAAUAAUUUAACAGCAAACCAUGGCUACUUUCUGAUAGCUACUGUCUGGACACUAGGUUUUGCCAUCUGUUCUCCCCUUCCAGUGUUUCACAGUCUUGUGGAACUUCAAGAAACAUUUGGUUCAGCAUUGCUGAGCAGCAGGUAUUUAUGUGUUGAGUCAUGGCCAUCUGAUUCAUACAGAAUUGCCUUUACUAUCUCUUUAUUGCUAGUUCAGUAUAUUCUGCCCUUAGUUUGUCUUACUGUAAGUCAUACAAGUGUCUGCAGAAGUAUAAGCUGUGGAUUGUCCAACAAAGAAAACAGACUUGAAGAAAAUGAGAUGAUCAACUUAACUCUUCAUCCAUCCAAAAAGAGUGGGCCUCAGGUGAAACUCUCUGGCAGCCAUAAAUGGAGUUAUUCAUUCAUCAAAAAACACAGAAGAAGAUAUAGCAAGAAGACAGCAUGUGUGUUACCUGCUCCAGAAAGACCUUCUCAAGAGAACCACUCCAGAAUACUUCCAGAAAACUUUGGCUCUGUAAGAAGUCAGCUCUCUUCAUCCAGUAAGUUCAUACCAGGGGUCCCCACUUGCUUUGAGAUAAAACCUGAAGAAAAUUCAGAUGUUCAUGAAUUGAGAGUAAAACGUUCUGUUACAAGAAUAAAAAAGAGAUCUCGAAGUGUUUUCUACAGACUGACCAUACUGAUAUUAGUAUUUGCUGUUAGUUGGAUGCCACUACACCUUUUCCAUGUGGUAACUGAUUUUAAUGACAAUCUUAUUUCAAAUAGGCAUUUCAAGUUGGUGUAUUGCAUUUGUCAUUUGUUGGGCAUGAUGUCCUGUUGUCUUAAUCCAAUUCUAUAUGGAUUUCUUAAUAAUGGGAUUAAAGCUGAUUUAGUCUCCCUUAUACACUGUCUUCAUAUGUAAUAAUUCUCACUGUUUACCAAGGAAAGAACAAAUGCUGGGGUCAUAUAAAAUAUAUUUAUGAUAACUAUUUAUGUAUAAUAAAUAGAAAUUUUGUUAACAUGGAAUUUAAUUUAUGUGAAAGAGUUAUGGAUUCGAAUGUCAGUUCAUAAUAUAUGGAAGAUAAUUUUAUGUGUUAUAGUAGGAUUAAUUUAUUUAGUUGUGCAGUCAGUGUCAAUCCAAUCUGUAAUUUCAGUUUAGAAAGUUGUAUUACCUUCCACUUCCAUGUUGUCUUAUAAACAAAUGAAUUGUAUUUUUUGUUGAAAGUAAAAGUUAUAUCUAACCAA